AUGGCUGACGUUAGGGACGAGUACGGCAACCCCAUCGGCGUCACGGGCGACCAUGGCGCUGGGGUUGGCGCCACCGGCGCGGGCGGAUACGCCACCGGGCACCAUGAGGCGGUGGCUUCGGGCGGACGACAGGAGCUGCAACGCUCUGGGAGCUCCAGCUCAAGCUCGGUACGUGCGUUCUCACAUAUCUCGCGAUAAUUUGCUUCGGUAGUAUGAGAGAAUCUCUGACUUUCGAGAGAGUAUAAUGCAGUCGGAGGACGACGGAAUGGGAGGGAGGAGGAAGAAGAAGGGCAUGAAGGAGAAGAUCAUGGAGAAGAUGCCGGGGCAUAAGCCGGAACACCAGCAGCACCACGAAGCGGGGUACGCUCCUCAGAGCGCUGCCCACCAGGAACCAGAGAAGAAAGGAAUAGUUGAGAAGAUAAAGGAGAAGUUACCCGGGCACCAUAACUGA